AUGGAAAAGAGUGUGGGAGAUACAGAAGCACAUUUUGAGGAUGUGAAGAUUCUGAGUGUAAUUUCCGCGGAGGAAAUCUCCUGUACGCUGCCCAGAUUCUGCAAUGGGGAUCCGCACGAAAUGGCUGCGUCUAUAUACCCACUACUGGACAGAGUCUGUGUCUCUUUCCGGGAGAAGUCCGGGAAAGUGCCGAAGUCCGUGGAGGAGGCAGUUUGCGUCAUUAUAAGGACGCUCAUCCACGAGGAAGUAGUGCAGCACUGCAGGAGACUCAUACACGCUCUGAAAGAGAGAACUGUUCCCAAAAUGUGCGGGACUUCUGUCGUAGAGUCACUCCAUCGCGAAAUAUCCGAGUGCAUCGCAUGCGUGAAAAAGUCCUCGCAGAAGAUAGAGCAUCUCCAGGAGAAAAAAGAGUCUCUGGAUAGGCGCGUACUGCCUGUAAUUGCGAUUAUCUCCCAUCUAAACGCGAUGAAGGAAGAGUGUGCAAGAAAAACAAAAGCCUACAGAAUCCAGGCCCGAGAGGAUGCGAUAGCCGAAAAAGUGUACAGAGAAGAAAAUCCUGGAGACUUUUCAGAAAAUAGACUCGACACGAAAGCAUCCCCCAGGAGAAAGUGCGCGUACGACCGAGAAAAAGCCCGGGUGAGAGCGUGUCUGGAGGAUCUCGGGGAGAGAGACUGCUUCCUACAGCUGCUUCUCUGGCACGCGAAGCGAAUUCUUGCCCUGUACUCCGCCCGGAAGAAAAGUCUCCAGGAAGAGACUGAAAAAGCAGAGAAUUUCCGAGAGAAAAAAGUUUCAUCGCUUUCCGCCCUAAACAAAGACCUCUGCAGCAGAACAUAUCCCCACGGGAGUGCUCUGUGGGGGAUAAAGAUACGUCGGACUAUCUCCCGCAAGAGAUUCUCCAACUGCGAGGAAGAUCCGCAGUUUCUUGUUCUGUACGAAGACCUUCUCUCUGCGCAGGUGACUCCCGAAGUAAAGCGGAUUCUUGGGGGGUGCAGGAACUUGGAGGAAGUCCACAGAAUAGCUCUGGAGAGGGAGAAGGCAGUGCAUCUCCAGACUCUGCAGGUCUUUUCCCGCAUAUAUCACGAGCCAUCUCCCGUGGGAUUCUUCUCCUCCCAGAAGGCAGUUCUUCUGGAGAGUGUUUCUGCAGGGACUUCUCCACGGGGAAAAGAUUUGGAGACUUUUCAGAAAAUAAACUCUGCAGAAAUUCCUUCUUCCAGGAGAGAAAGUCUCCUGGGAUCUGGGGAUGUUCUUUUCCCGUGCGAGGGAAAGUGCGAGGAGACCUGCAGUGAUAGUUGCUUUGGCCGCGAAUUCUUCGUGAAUUACCUGAUUUCCGAGUGGGCUGGGAGGCACUUGCAGGAAAAAACGGAAUUUAAGUGCAGGGAAGUGCCUGGAGAGUGUGGGAAGCCGUUUGAAGAGCCUUUGGAAGAAGAUGCCCCUUUCUGGUGGGCGUCCUCUGCGGGGAGGACUUCAACCCUGAACUUUCUCGUUGAUCUCCUGGGGGUUUUCGGGAGAGACGAUGAAAGUGACGAGGAAACGCUCGGGGGAGUCCUCGAGAAGAUGCGCGACCUAAUGCGGAAGAAAUACGUCGAGGUCUCCGAGUACACUGAAGAGUUCCAAGGGAAUGUGAACGUAUCCCUGAAGACGCGAGUAGAAGUGGACUUUACGGAGGAGUAUACGCUGCAGAUUAUCCCGUGCAUGGGGAGAGUGGAUGUACUUGAGCGAGUAUCCGGCCCAGAUGGAAGCGUCUGGAAAGAGCCUGUUUCCGACGGGAAUACUUUGUUCAACGACUUUUCCCGAAGGAGGAAGCUUCCCCAGGAAUUUUCUUCCUUUUCCUUCAGGGACAGCUCAGAGAAGGGCUCAGAGCAGGAGCUUGACGUGAAGUGCGUUCGAUGCGUGCGCGGGUUCGAACCCCGGGAUAAAAAAACGAUGAAUCCCCAGGAGAAGUCCAGAGCAUCUCCCGUGCCUGCGGAUGAGAGCAAAAACUCUGAAGGCUCGGGUUAUUCGGGGUAUCUGGAGGAUGUGAAGGGGGAAAAUUUCAGCAGGAAAACUGACGGGAAUAUUCCCCUGCAGAUUUUCCACGGGGAAGGGUCUAAUACGUGGAUUCAGCCUCCUCCUUUGAAGAGGAAUCUCAGCACUUCCGUGCCAAGCUCUCCUGCAAAGAGAAACUCCCUGUACUCAAAGGCCACGUACCUUCUGCUCCCACUUUCUCUUGGGGUGGCCUUCAUCUGCUCUCUUUACAGGCUGAAUAGGAGAAUCCCGUGGGAGAACGAGAAGUGA